GAGAGAGAGAGAGGCAGAGCGAAGAAAGAAAGAGGAAGAGGAGGAGGGAAAAUAAAAUUAAAAAAAUCAAACAAGGACGCAGGAUUGCAAAGAAUCGGCGGCGGCUCCAAGGAGGACGAACUUUAAAGCUGAGGGGGACUGAGAUUGGCAUCUGGGCUGUAUGCUGAGAAUGUGCUUGUCCUCCUUUUAGGGGGAGGGAGGUUGCCUGGUUUUUCUCCCCCCCCCCCCGCACUCUCCGCCGCCUUUUUGUUGUUGUUGUUGUUCGAGAGAGGCCCUUGAGCCAGCCAGCCUGUUCUUGGGAGAUCAGCUGUCUUUGGAGGCGCUCCGAGGAGCCAAAGGCAGAGAGAGAAGAAGGCUUCUUUUAUUGAACCUCAUCGCAAAUUCCCAACGCAUCUGGAUUUGCACAGACAAGUGGAAUACCAUGAACUGAAAAAGCGGCAACAAACCUUUUUUGUGCUUAGUUUUUUAUUUUGUGAUUUUCUACUUUUUUGUUUUUUUAAAAAAAUUUUUGGAUGACAGCACUUUGAAAAACAAGGUGUUUUCCUUUUUUAAUUUUUGGAAAUUAAAAAAUUGAGCCGCCCCAUACCGUGAGGAUCUCCGGAGAAGAUGGGGAGAAAAAAGAUCCAGAUCCAGAGGAUUACGGACGAGAGGAACCGGCAGGUGACAUUCACCAAGCGGAAGUUUGGGCUGAUGAAGAAGGCCUAUGAACUGAGCGUCCUCUGCGACUGCGAGAUUGCCCUGAUCAUCUUCAACCACUCAAACAAGCUGUUCCAGUAUGCCAGCACCGACAUGGACAAGGUCCUCCUCAAAUACACAGAGUAUAACGAACCUCACGAGAGCCGGACCAACGCGGAUAUCAUUGAGACAUUAAGAAAGAAAGGUUUUAAUGGUUGCGACAGUCCAGAACCCGACGGGGAAGACUCCAUUGACCAGAGCCCUCUGAUGGAAGACAAAUACCGUAAAGCCAGUGAGGAUCUUGACAUCCUGUUCAAGCGCUACGGUUCUGCAGUUCCGGCUCCAAAUUUUGCCAUGCCUGUUACGGUUCCAGUGACCAACCAGAACACGCUGCAGUUCAGCAACCCAGGAGGCACCUUAGUGACCCAGUCCCUCGUGACCUCCUCCUUGACUGACCCGCGCCUCCUCUCACCACAGCAACCGAGCCUCCAGCGAAACACAGUCUCUCCGGGCCUCCCGCAGAGGCCAGCCAGCGCAGGGGCAAUGCUUGGAGGAGACCUCAACAACACAAAUGGAGCCUGCCCGAGCCCAGUAGGGAAUGGUUACGUCAGCGCCAGAGCCUCCCCGGGUCUCCUUCCCGUGUCCAAUGGCAACAGCCUAGGCAAGGUCAUCCCGGCAAAAUCACCACCACCACCCUCCCACGGCACUCAGCUGGCUGCCAACAACCGCAAACCAGACUUGCGCGUCAUCACCUCACAGAGCGGAAAGGGUCUCAUGCACCAUUUGACAGAGGAUCACUUGGAUCUGCAGAACACGCAGAGGCUGAUGGUCUCCCAAGCGACUCAUUCUCUGACCACACCGGUUGUUUCGGUGGCGACUCCAAGCCUCCUGACCCAAGGCUUGCCCUUCUCAGCGAUGCCGACAGCGUACAACACAGACUACCAGUUGACCAGCGCGGAUCUCUCAUCCCUCUCCUCAUUCAGUUCACCCACUGGUCUGUCUCUGAGCAACAUUUCUGCUUGGCAACAGCAGCAGCAGCAGCAACAGCAGCAGCAGCAGCAGCAACAACAACAACAACAACAGCAACAGCAGCAGCAGCAGCAACAACAACAACAACAACAACAGCAACAGCAUCUGGUUCCUGUAUCACUAAGUAACUUAAUACAAGGAACCCACCUUUCCCAUGCCAGCACCUUGACCGUCAACACCAACCCCAACAUCAGUAUCAAGUCGGAGCCUGUUUCACCUAACCGGGAACGCAACACAGCCACUCCGCUCUCCUCCUUCCCUCACCAGGCCCGGCAUGAGCCUACGGGACGUUCACCCGUCGACAGCCUCAGCAGCAACGCCAGCUCCUACGAAGGCAACGAGCGGGAAGAUCAGUCCCGGGCCGACUUUGGCUCCUCUCUCGGCCUCCUGAGACCCACUGCCGAGGCCGAGGGGGAGAACCCGUCCGUGAAGCGCAUGCGGUUGGACGCUUGGGUGACAUAACUGCCUCCCCCGGUGGCCCAGCGCCCUCCGUCAGAGCUGGUUUCCGCUCUCCUGCGUGUGUGUCUGGGGGCGGGGCGGGGGAGGCAGUGGUU